UUCUCGUAUCCCGAUCUCUUCUCUUCUCUUCUCUUCUCCGCUCCCCACCACAAUCCACGACUGCCGCCGCCGUCGCGCCUCAGUUCCCUUUACCCUGCUGGAAGUGGCUGGUCAGUCGACCCAUGACUCUUUGAUCUUGGUGCAAGUCAACACAAUAGCUCGGUAGUUCCGAAGAGCCUCUUCUGCAAAUCAAGCACUAUGGCCGACAAUGAGAAUGUAGACGAAAAGACUUCCCGUGGCGCUGAUUGGGAGGUUGUAUCGCUCACAGCAUCAACAUAUGCUGCUGCUCCUGGUCCAGAUGAAGUUGAGUUGAAGGAUGGCAACAAGGAAGACAUACAUGCACAGGAUGAAGCAGAAACGUCACGCGCAUUGUUCAUGUCUGGCCACUUUGUCUUUCCACCCAGUCAACAUGAGAACUUGCCCGUGGAGCCUGACUGUAGCGAGAUUCAUGACGAAUCUGGAAGCAAAGAUGUUGCAUCUGAGAGUACUAAUGAAGAAGGGGCCAGAUCUGUUGGAAAGGGUGAAGAAAACUUGACAUUCCCAGGGUUAAAUGUUUCAGAGGAUUUUGAGGGUAUACCAUAUUUUGAUGAGAAAAUCAGCAGGUUGUCUGUUUAUGGGAAACAGUUUGAGGAAGGUACAACUCUACCCGGUUUUGAUUUGACUGGAAAAGAGGAAACUUUGUAUGACUCUGCAAAAUACACUUCUUUCCACAGUGAAACGGCCAUUGGUGGUGUACCAUAUGGAGAAAUCAUAGAUGAGGCUGAAACAGAGCAAGGGUCAAAUGCCUCUCCCAAUUUAGCGGAAUCUAAGACACCUUCUGAAGAUGAUAAAUACAGCUCUUCAAAUCUUCCUUGUGGUGCUUGGUGGAAGCGAAGAGCUGCCUCCUUAUAUGCUCAUGCAAAAGAUACAAGCACAUUUUGGUCUGUUUUCAUUGCUGCUGCAGUGAUGGGCCUUGUGAUGCUUGGGCAUCGCUGGCAGCAGGAAAGAGCUUUGCAACUCAAGUGGCUUAGUGUAAAUGAUGAGCAGGCAAGAAGCAGGGUCCUUGUUCCCUUACAUCGGCUCAAAGAUGUGAUUGUUGGUGGCCACCGUCGUGGUUCCUUGAUUAGGGGAGGCUCCUCCGGUGAAAGUUAGAGAGUAUUGCUCGGUGCAUGUAGCUCCAACUAUUGUGAAAACUAAAGAUGAUGACGAAAAAUUGUGGGUGAGAAAAAGGCUGUGAAAGAGAAAUGCUAAGGUUGUCUGAAAUGCAGGCUUGACAUUAGGAUAGGUCAAGUUUCCAAUUUAUGAUGGCUGUUGUGCUGGCUUGGGACUAGGAUUGGUUGACCUUCCAUUCUGUGAAUGUUGUGAAAAUAUUUCAUAUUGUGAAUUUUCUUUAUCUCUGCUGUGAUUUGCAAUGUAUAGCUAUGGAAUGUUAUUCAACAUAGUAAGUUUGUUUCAUUCUGUUUAUCGACAUUACAUUUUAUGCACUAAGGAUGAGAUGAAAAUGAAAAUGAAAAUGAAAUUGUAACAGAAUUCCAUUUCA